UUUGUUUUAUUAUGGUUUGCGGUGUGAUGGGAUAUAUUUUGUAAUAAUUUAGCUUAUACAGUUUUGCUGAAUGUAUAAGUAGCAUGUCGGAGGAGUAGAAAGUUAGUGCAUUUGCUUCGUGCUAGCCAUUAGCAGUUAGCUUGUGUAAUGUUAACUAGCUGGUAAACACACAGUGGGCUGCUAUGGGAUUACUGGUUUGAGAGGAUGUUUGCUGUGAAUUUCCUGUGAUUACAUAUAGAUAAUAUGGGCAAGAGAAAAGUGCCAGAUUUGUAUCGUGCCCCUUUCCCUCUCUACGCUGUUAAAAUCGACCCUAAAACUGGAUUCAUCAUUACAGCUGGAGGGGGCGGAGCAUCCAAGACCGGCAUUAAGAAUGCAGUGCACUUCCUUAGUUUAGAGCUCGUGGGAAGCCAACACAGUGCCACUCUGCUGCACUCUCAUGACACAGAAUUAUGUGCCACCAUGAACAUGGCCCUGGGAGGAGAUGUGAUUGCUGCUGGACAAGAUGGCAACUGCAGUGUGAUGCGCUUCAGGCAACAAGCUCCUAAAGCGGGACGACAAGCUGCUUCUAAGAAUGGAUCCGGGGAGCAAGGAAGUGCCAGGAGGAGAGGGGCGAAAGCCCAGAAUGGUGGUGCUGGUGAUGCUGCCCAAACGAUGGACACCUCUGUGCAGAUAUUGGUGGAAAAAAUUGGAGAGGUGCAGUCAGACCUCAGCCCUCAGGACCCGCUGCAGAAGUGUGUGCGCUUCAGCUCUGACCUGAAGCUUCUUGUCACAGGAGGCGCCGACGGUUACGUGAGAGUGUGGGAGUAUCCCUCCUUGAAAGAGAAGUUGAACUUCAAAGCUCACCAAGAUGAAAUAGAAGAUAUGGACAUCAGCCCUGUUAACAAGCGCAUCGUGACAGCAGGGCGAGAUUUUGCGUGUAGCGUAUGGAGUGAUGAUCAGCUCAUGCUGAGUUUACGUUGGCAUGACCACAUGCCCCAUAUCACAGAGAAGAAGUAUCGCUAUCAGUCCUGCCGGUUUGCUAAGGUCGAGGACCAAAAGGAUGCAUUAAGACUGUACACAGUCCAGAUUCCCCACAAACGAGAGCGUAAACCACCACCAUGCUACCUCACAAAAUGGGAUGGCAAGAGCUUCUUACCCCUGCUAACUAAACCAUGUGGCACUGAAGUGAUCUCCUGUUUGAGUGUGAGUGACUCUGGAACCUUUCUUGGCCUUGGUACAGUCACAGGAUCAGUAUCCAUCUAUAUUGCAUUCUCACUGCAGAAGCUGUACUAUGUACGGGAAUCCCAUGGCAUUGUGGUGACCGACCUGGCGUUCUUGCCUGACGCCCCUAAAAGCAAACCUGCAAAGGGAAAUAAUGAAGUAGCCAUGCUGAGUGUGGCUGUAGACAGUCGCUGUCAGUUGCAUACUGUGGCCAAUCGGAGAUCUGUUCCGAUAUGGCUGGUGUUGUUCCUGUGUAUUGCACUCCUUGUGGGUGUCAUCCUGCUCCUGCAGCAUUUCUUCCCAGGGUUCAUUUAAAGCAAAGGUGUGGUUGACCACAGCAAUCUUCUCUUGCCACCAAGGAGCAAUUCAGCUCUCACAGCAUACAGAAAAAUGAAUAGAACGCAACCCAGUGUCAAGAAUGGAAUAAUUGUACUUUAACUGAACUUUCUGAUAUGGGAUCCAAAGUUUAACCGAAGAAUCAUCUCGGGAGCAUGCAUUUAUGCUCUUUUAUAGUUAUGAAUGAAGAACUGGGGUGUUGACUCUGUGCUGGUGCCAUCUUUGUCUGUCCAUGUGUCUACAAUCAUGUUUGCAGUGUUAAUGUACAUGCGUAUAAAAGACUGAACAGUAAGAGGAAAAUGACUUUUGGGAAGGUCUCAUAGUCCACAUGAAGGUCUCGGCAUCUGUUCAUUCUGAAGAUGCUGUACAAUACAUUUAAUGUAAUACAUGCAGAAAGGCACAUCGUUGGAUAAUUUUAGUUAUUUAAGAUGGAUGGAAAUACAGAAUUAUGAACAAAAAAAACCUUUGUGAGUUUGCCAGGUGUCUUUAUCACACUAAUGCUGUUUGACCCAGUGGAAGUAUCUUUGUCUUUAUCAUGAUACAGCUUGUGUACAGUUAAGGGAAUGUGAUCUGUGUCAGACAAAUAAGCUUUACAGUGGAGUAAAAAGAAAAAAAUUCAUGCAAUUCAUAUUUAUUUUUUUUAAUUAGUUAAGGUGCUGCCUGAGCAAUUUCAUGAUUACUUGUUCAUAGCCCCAGUAAUUUAUUUAAACAUAUUUGAUAGGAAAUUUUAUAUUUUUUUAAUUAUUUUCAAUUAUACUUUCAUAAUUGGCAAAAAGAUAAUAAAAUAGUAAUAACUAAAACAAAUUUUACUCAUACAUUUCAUCAUUUUAAAUUCAUAGAUCUAGGAUCGUGCUGUUUAUUAUCGAAGUUUUAAGUGAGCACUUUUUUGAUUACUAUGAGUCAGUGCGUUUACAUGCACAUAGAGAAAAUCGAAGUUCUAAAUGCCAUGGAAACACCUUAGCUCGGCUGAAAUCGAACUGAACUGGAUUUCUCGUAAUCGAGCUACGCGACCUACAUUAUGCGAUUGUAGCCGAGCUACUUAGUGCAUGUAUACUGUAUCGAGCUACGUAGUCGAGCUACUUACUUCAGCACUGCCCCUUCCGGAAGUGACGAGACCACAAGCAGGAAACACAACAGCCUCGGUCGGCAUGACAACAGUAGUAGAAACGUGCACUUCUGGAGCAAUGAGGAGAUAGAGUUCAUGCUCAUUCAGCUUACGGAGUUGAAAUAUAUAUAUAUCCAUGUUGCUGUCCUCGUCGUCGUUCUUCUUGUGAACAUGGAACUGAUAACUUUGUUUAUAUUCUUGAAUAGCUCUUCUUCAUGACGACAACCGGAAGUGUACCAACACGAUGGGGCGUGUAGCGCCACCUGUGGCUCGGGUGCACAAUGUACCUCACACAAUAGCUCGAUUUCCUUGUGUGCAUGUAGGAUUGGAUUUCUCUGGCACCCCUGCUGGGACCCUUAGCUCGAUUACCGACAGUAGCUCGAUUUGGAUGUGCAUGUAAACUCACUGAGUGUAAACGUUUGGAGAUAUAUCUAUCUAUCUCCAAAAAAAGUUAUUCUACAAAAUCGAGUCGUGCAUGAGCUGACAGCCAGUGAGUUGGCUAUAAGCCAUGUAUGAUGAGAUUGAGUGGGAUAACUGUCUUAUUAUAUCCUCAUUCACUGGGUUUUGAGAAACAGUAUUUUUAUUUUUUUUGCAAAUUUGAUAAAUAUACAAAACAUCCGACAAAAUCAUUUCCGCUUGAAAUGUAAACAAACCGGCGAAAUGGCGGGAGCAAUUUUUGAAAAAUGCUAUAAUAAUAAUUGAAGAAUAAGAUACUUUUAUUCCUUUUUUUGUUUGUUUUUGGGGUGGGGUGGUUGUUUUUGAGUGUAGUUUUUUUUUUUUUUGUCCUCAGUUGGUUCAGUAACGCGCUCCGCCAUUUUGUUUUUCUCUACUCACAGUAUAUGAGUUGAUAGCUUAGUAGUAGAGUAGCCAAUCAGAGCAGAGCACGAGACUGCUCAUAUCCAGUAAAUAUGAAGAUAUAUAAAUAAUAUAAUAUGCAUUCCUCCACUAGAGGCCAGUACAGCUUCAUUUAGGAGCCACAUUGAACAGAGUUGGGCAAAUAUGUUGUAAUGAAGAAUAUGAAAUAAAAGUUAAUUAGCUAUUAUUUCCCCCCCUUAGUUUUCACUUCCAAAAACAUGACCAUAACUAGCAACAGGCAGAGUAAUUAGGCAGAACGGUAACUUAUUACUGUAGGUCUCUUAAUCAGAAAAUCUAAAUGUCUAUUGAAAGUCAUUGCCAUUUACAUCCAGUAACCAAAGCAUGUCAUCUCUCAUGUACUGCAACAAUCAAUAAAUUGGAAUUUACACAGCAAUCAUCGAAAGGGUGCAUAGCCUGCAUAUAACAUUUCUCAAGCCUGCAUAUAAUACAUUUUAGUGUUGGUUAAACACAUGACCCAGUACAUCAGUUAAUGUACAGCCCUUCAUACUUUUCAUUUAAAACUCAUUAGGGACAAACAAUAAACUGUUCAAUACAGAGGGAUGUAGAUACACUGAUGAAGUCCUUACCUCUUUAUGUACUGUUUCACUUAUUAAUGCUUCAAACUUUUUUAAUUUAGUACAAAUUGCUUUCAGCUACAAGCUUCUCAUGGGUGUCUACCACUGCAUAUCUUAAUACUGGGAUGAGCAGUUCCAGCGCAGCUUAGUUAUUUCUCUGGUGAAUUGAAUCAGGUGUUUUUGAGCAGGAAAAUAAGUACAUUUGUGAAAGACUCUGGAUUUUCAGGACUGGUUUUUAGAACACCUGCUCUAAAGACGUCACUUAACAAUGACCUGCUUGAUAAUUAUGAUGAAUUAAAACCUGUUCCAUAACUGCAUUAAACAGGCUUCAAUAUCUGUA